AUGCCCACAAACGGAAUUAACAGGGCCCUGAAGCUGCAGUUUGGCCUCAUCAACUAUGAGAACCGCUAUCUGACAGCUGAAGCCUUUGGCUUCAAGGUGAACGCCUCAGGCAUCAGUAUGAAGAAGAAACAGAUUUGGACAUUGGAGCAGGACGAGCAAGAUGGCCAAGUAGUGUUCCUUAGAAGCCACCUGGGACGCUAUUUGGCUUCUGACAAAGAUGGGAAGAUCACAUGUGGGGCAGAGAAGCCUGAGCCUGACUGCCGUUUCCUCAUUGUACCCCAGUCAGAUGGCCGUUGGGCACUCCAAUCAGAGCCUUACCUGCGUUACUUUGGAGGUUCGGCUGAUUACCUGUCCUGCUUUGCUCAGGCCAUUGGGGAACAAGAGCUGUGGGCCGUUCAUUUGGCUUUGCACCCACAAGCCAGCCUGCUCAGUGUGGCACGAAAGCGCUAUGCCCAUCUGUCUUCUUCAGAAGGAGAGAUCUCAGUGGACAGCAACAUUCCCUGGGGAGUGGACUCUCUGGUCACCUUGGUGUACCAGGACGGCAAGUACAGCCUGAAGACCUGUGAUAGCCGUUUCCUCAGAAAUGAUGGCAAACUGGUGAAGGAGAACACCACUACUACUAGUUUCACAUUGGAGCUGAAAUCUGGCAAGCUAGCCUUUAAGGACUGUGAUGGCAAAUAUCUGUCCCCAGUGGGUCCUACAGGAACGCUGCGAUCUGGCCGAUGCUCCAAGCCUGGAAAAGAUGAGCUGUUUGACCUUGAGGAGAGUCAUCCACAAGUAGUUUUUCAAGCUGCCAAUAAAAGAUUUGUCUCGGUCAAGCAAGGAGUGAGUAUUUCAGCCAAUCAGGAUGUAGAGACAGACAUGGAGACCUUCCAGAUGGAGAUUGACAAGGAGAGCAAAAAGUCCACGUUCAGGACCAAUGGUGGAUCCUACUGGACUUUAGUGACUCACGGAGAGAUCCAGUCCACUGCAACAGAAGUAGAGGUCAAUACUAUGUUUGACAUUGAGUGGCUAGGACAGAGGGUGGCACUCAAAGCAAGCAACGGGAAGUACGUAUGUACAAAGAAGAAUGGGCAGCUCUCAGCGGUCAGCGACACCGUGGGUAAGUGCUUACAGGCCAGCCACUUAAAAUUCAAUUUGUCUGAAAAUUAUUUGUCUUUCUUUUCAGGUGAUGAUGAAUUAUUUCUUAUGAAACUCAUCAACCGCCCCAUGCUGAUCCUCAGUGGAGAGAAUGGCUUUGUGUGUCACCACAAGAACUCCAACACCCUGGACGCAAAUCGAUCUGUCUAUGACAUUUUUUCAUUGAUCUUCAACGAUGGCGCUUACAAUGUCAAAAGUAUCAAUGAAAAGUUCUGGUACGUCUCGAGCAGUGGUCUGGUGUGCUCAGAUGGAGAUAAGCCGGAGGAUUUUUUUCUUGAGUUUCUGGAACACGGACGUGUCGCUAUCAAGGGCUCCAAUGGCAAGUACCUUCGUGGAGACCAGGGAGGCACGCUUAUGGGUGAUGGUCCAACUGUUGAUGCAUCUUGUCUUUGGGAGUACUAA